AUGCCUGCCCUCCCACAAUAUGACUGGAUCAUCGCCUUGAUCAGUAUCGCCUUCUGCGGCAGCUCCUUCGGAAACGGUGCCAACGAUGUCGCCAACUCCUACGCCACCUCCGUGGCCGCCCGGACCCUGACGAUGCCCCAGGUCGGUGCCCUCUCCAUGUUCACCGAGUUCUUCGGCGCCGUCGUCCUCGGCUCCCGCGUCACCGGUACUAUCAAGAACGAUAUCAUCGGCCUCGACCGCUUCCGCGAGACCCCGGCCACCCUCAUCCUGGGCAUGGGAUGUGCCGAGUUCGCCAGCGCUUUCUGGCUUCUCGCUGCCACCAAGAUGGGUUACCCCGUGUCCACGACCCAGACCAUCGUCGGCGCCCUCGUCGGUGUCGGCAUCGCUGCUCAGGCCGGCGUGUCUUGGUCCUGGAAAGACGGUAGUGUCUCUCAAGUCGCUGCAUCUUGGGCCAUUGCCCCCUUGAUCUCUGCUGUCUUCUCUGCAGUCCUCUUUGGCAGUCUCAAGUUUGCCGUUCUCGAACGCAAGAAUCCUUUCGAGAAGGCCAUGAAGGCUAUCCCCUUCUACCUCGCCUUCACCGCUGCCGUGCUCGCUCUCUUCAUCACAGUCGAGGCCCCUGGCGCCCCAUCUCUCGAAGAACUCGGCGCCGGCAAGGCGUGCGGCAUCAUCCUCGGCGUCUUCUUCGGCGCUCUGCUACUCUCUUACGUCUUCUUCGUGCCUUACGCCCACCGAAGACUUGUCAAGGAAGACACUCGAAUCCGCCUCCGCCACGUCAUUCUCGGCCCUCUCCUCUACAAGGAGAACCCUCCCAUCUUCAUGCCUGCCAAGGGCAACGAGGUCGUCAAAGACUACUACGCGAACGAUGAGACAAUCAUGAAGGAUGGCGAGAAACAACAGACCAAGACCGAGGCCGAUGCGAGCACGGGCGAGAAACUUGUCAACAACGACAACUCCUCGGACAUGCCCAGCCCAGUCCCCUUGUCUCUCGACGACGUCGAGCGAGGAAAGACUGCUCCCGUCACGGAAGGCGUUGUUCAACGAUACAAGCGCAAGCCCGAGCCCGAGGAGCGCUUCCUCGCCCCGACCGCUCACCUCCCGAUCAACAACCCCAAGCGCAUCUGGAGCUUCGUGAAGUACUUCUUCCUGCAGGGCGUCACUCGCGACUGCGUCACCCACGCCGAUACCCAACUUGCACACGUCCACGGCAAGGCGAAGCAAUACGACAACCGUGCUGAGCAUCUCUGCACUUACAUCCAGGUUGCCAGUGCCAUGAUGAUGUCCAUUGCUCACGGUUCCAACGACGUCGCGAACGCGGUCGGUCCCUGGAUUGCCGCGUACCAGGUCUACAUGACUGGCGAGGUCACCGAGGAGGGCGAGAGUCCCAUCUGGAUCCUUGUUGUCGCUGGCUUCCUUCUCGGUGCAGGCUUCUGGUUCAUGGGUCACCACAUCAUCAAGGCCAUGGGAAAUAAGCUUACCAAGAUGAGUCCCUCUCGUGGAUUCAGCGCCGAGCUGGGUGCUGCCAUUACUGUCUUGCUGGCGAGUCGCCUUGGUCUUCCCGUCAGCACUACCCAGUGCCUGACCGGUUCUGUCGUCGGCGUUGCCCUGAUGAACCUGGAUGCCGGUGCUGUGAACUGGCGCCAGGUGGGCUUUGUGUUUUCCGGAUGGUUCAUCACUCUCCCCUGCGCCGGUCUCAUCGGCGGUUUGUUGAUGGCGAUGUCUCUCAACACUCCUCAGUUCGGCCAGGGCUAA